AGUCCCCACCCCCAGCCAGGUCUCAGAGGGGAUCGUCCUUCAGGCGUCCUUCAGGCGCAGAGGGGCCUGCCUGUCACUGCACCCCCGACCCUAGCUCAGGGGCUGUAGAACUCGAGAUACCAUCCCGUUUGUCCUGGCUGAGGAAGCGAAGGAACGUCCUCACCUUCCGUACUCGUCCAUUCUGUGUCCCCGGGGUCUGGAGUAAAGACACCUUCAAAUGCAGAGGCUCUUCAGACUCAGCUUUCCUGGAAACUGAUCUUCAAUGCACUCAGAGAAGGAGACUCUCAAACCAAAAAUGACCUGGAGGCACCAUGUCAGGUUUCUGUUUACGGUCAGUUUGGCAUUACAGAUCACCAAUUUGGGAAACAGCUAUCAAAGAGAGAAACAUAACGGCUGUAGAGAGGAAGUCACCAAGGUUGCCACUCAGAAGCACCAACAGUCACCGCUCAACUGGACCUCCAGGCAUUUUGGGGAGGUGACUGGGAGCGCCCAGGGCUGGGGGCCGGAGGAGCCACUCCCCUACUCCCGGGCUUUUGGAGAGGGUGCGUCCUCGAGGCCGCGCUGCUGCCGGAACGGCGGCACCUGCGUGCUGGGCAGCUUCUGCGUGUGCCCGGCCCACUUCACCGGCCGCUAUUGCGAGCAUGACCAGAGGCACAGUGAAUGCGGUGCCCUGGAGCAUGGAGCCUGGACCCUCCGCGGCUGCCACCUUUGCAGAUGCGUCUUCGGGACCCUGCACUGCCUCCCCCUCCAGACGCCUGGCAGCUGUGACCCGAAAGACUUCCUGGCCUCCCACGCUCCAGGGCCCCGCGCCGCGGGCGCGUCCAGCCUGCUGCUCCUGUUGCCCUGCGCGCUCCUGCACCGCCUCCUGCGCCCGGACGCGCCCGCGCACCCUCGGUCCCUCGUGCCUUCCGUCCUGCAGCGGGAGCGGCGCCCCCUGCAGAAGGCCGGGACCUGGGCAUCGCCUUUCAUUUUCACUGUUGUAAAUAAUAGAUGUGUUUAGGUUACCGUAAGCUGAAGCGCUGGGUGGAUAUUUUUACGGGGUAAUAAACAUUUUCAUGAAAGCGC